AUGACCAGCAAUGCACGUUACCCCAAGCGCCGAGCAUUGAGCCCUCGAGAAUCUCGAGAAUCCAACCACUCAAGUCCAAUCUCUGGACACAACAUCACUGGGGCUCCUGCUUCUGAAGCUUCCCCCUCUGCUGCUGGUGCGACUGCACUCUUCACGCCUGAAGAUUUAGAUCAGUUUCGCCUCAAUCCCACUGACGAUUUGGAACCUGACCGUGACCCUAGCAGCCAGGAAGAAUAUCGACCACAAAAGAGCCAAACUUCCGAAUCAGCUUCACACCAAGCACCCCUUGAUACCUUGAGCAUGAACACUCACAUGACAGGAUCAAGACUACAGACGUUCAAUCGAUUGGCCAGUCGCGCCGACCUGGAUGACCACCAUCAAGCUAUUGGUCGAAGAGUGUUCAGUGCGGUACCUGAAGACCACCUGAUGGCCCUGAUGUUAACGGUCUUAGCAGGCCGUCAACACAUGACAGCCAUACACGAGGAUUUAUCCCGUCAGAUCCUUGAAGUUUGGGAUUUUGCAGAAAAGGGAGUGAGCACGACUACGACAAACACUCCGUGGCUCACAAAAGAGCAAGGAUUGGAGCUGCGUAGUUGUAUCCGUCAAAUGGCGCACUUGCAAAUUGGGCGAGGCGACCUCCAGUCUUAUACCGCAAUCAAGAACAGGAACGGUCCUCCUGGGAAGCUUCCCUUGUCGUUCUUUGCCACCGUGAUUGAUGCGAUCCUCACUACUCCAGCAGAAUGGAAAAAAAGGUUACUUCCGCCUGGAUUUGGGAAGAAUCCUAAUCCAAAGUAUUUGAAAGCUUUUCACACUUUGGUCAACACCGUCUGUAAAGACAUUCGAAAAGAGUUUGAAACUAAUGUUAUUGAAAACAUCCAGCUACCGGGCCGAAUCACCAGUGUAGGUAAUGAGAAGGUGCCAAAAUUAAGAGAGGUUAUAGUCAAGCAUGCUGGGUCUGUGGGAGGUCGUGUCCAAAGGCUCGCAUUGCAUAUCUGGCCAAAUAUGGCUCUUGAACUUUUUGAUAUCGUUAUGCAACUCAAAGAUAUUACCAAAUUUGAGUUACCCAGCGAGCGGGAAAUCCGAGAGACACGGAAGGAGCUUGACAAGCAAUAUCCGGGACAACUAGCUGGUAAUGAAGGAGAUCAUAAGGGAAAUGACCUGGUAGAAAACCAUGAGGAUGAAGGAGAUGAUCAGGAAAAUGAGCCGGUCGAAGACGAUGCCGAUGAAGAUGAAGCUUAG